UUUGAAGUUUGUUCUUCGCAUGAGAGAGGAGAACAGCAGUAAUGUGGCAGCCUUUACUGACUUGGCAGAUUCGAGAACAAGUUACGUAGGCCGAGUCAGUCUUCACCUUUCAAGGUAUGGGGAGGCGGUUUACGAAAGCUCCUCCCGCUCUGCCCGGAUCCCGGUACCGUUGGCAGGCUGCAAGCAAGUCCACAGUGAGUGAAUCGCGUCGACGUGGAGCAUGGCGGAGUCGCAGAUUCUUUGCCUGGAGGAUACUCACGUGAACGAACGGGUCAAUGAACAUAAUCCGCGAUACUACUACAGCGAGGAGCAACGGCGGGCGCUGGAGGUCCUCGUGUCCGACGGAGGUAAAGCGUAUAAGUCGCAGCUGAAGACAGAGCAGCUGCCCGACUUCCUCUCCAGCAGAGAGUUGGAGGACUUGCGGGACGGCUGGCGUGCUUACGAUGCCCAUCUGGAGACUGGCAAAACGGUCACCGGACCUACGGGAAAACCCCUUUCGCUGUCUUACUGGCCCGAACGCUCCGACACGGAGAUCCCUCCGCUGGACAUGGGGUGGACUCACAACUAUUUCUACCGGGGAGCCACGCGUCUGGCUCUCUACACGCACCCGCGCAAGGAAGACAAGGCGCCUCACGUCAAGCAAGUGGUGCGUGAAACGAUCCAGCAAGCGAAGAAGAUAAUUGCAAUAGUCAUGGAUCAGUUCACUGACAGGGACAUCUUCCGAGAUAUAGUAGAUGCAGCAUACAAACGUCGGAUCCCAGUCUAUAUGAUCUUAGAUGAAGAGGGCUCCAUACUCUUCCUGGAGAUGUGCAAAUGCAUGGACCUAAAUGAUUUCCAUAUCAGGAAUAUUCGUGUACGUUGUGUGACUGGAGUUGGGUUCUACAUGCCAUCAGGGAAGAUCCAAGGCAAUUUGGCCUCUCGUUUCUUAAUGGUAGAUGGUGAAAAAGUUCUCACUGGAUCUUAUAGUUUCACGUGGACCUCAUCCCACAUAAACAGAAAUAUUCUUUUGUGCCUGAGUGGACAGCACGUUGAAAUGUUUGACACUGAAUUCCGUGAGCUCUAUGCCAUUUCAGAGGAGGUCAAUCUGUACAAGGAGUUGAACAUUCCCUAUCCUUUCCGUCAUGGUAUUGGGAACGUCGGUUUUUCUUCCUCUACUGUAGCCCGGAAAGUUAUCAACCCAAAAUAUGGAUUGGUGAUAGGUAUUCCUCCAGGUGAAAUGAUGCGCCGUCAGAGAGAUGAGUCACAAGAGAAACUUGAAGGAAGAGAAGAACAAAAUGAAUCAAAUAAACGACUAGAUAGUUUUCUUAAUGACCUUAUAACAGUCAAGCAGGUCCUGCCUGAUAUAGAACCUCCACUUGAGAAUUUGAACACAACAGAACGUCAAAAUUUAUUUUCCCGAUUCCACUUAGACCUGAAAUAUAAAUCCAAAUCCAAAGAGUCUGUCUGUGACUGUAGGAAGGAUGAAUUUGCCGAUAGGGAGGUCAAUUUCAAACAAAGUAAGAAGUUUGGCAAUGGAUUUUUCAGAAGGGCCAAGCGACCUCCACCUUUGAAUGUUGAUGCCAAUUCUGCUACUAGUGAGACUGCUGAAGACUUGAUGGGUGUGAAGAUACCAAAGGAAUGCAAUACCAGUUUUCAUAGUACUGGAGACAAUUCAGGUAAUACGAGUCCAAGUUCUCUCCCAGGGGGAAAAAAUAAACAGUCAAUCUGUGUGGUCGCAUGAAAAACUACUGGAAAAUUAGAAUUCAAAAUGCAUCUACUGGAAUAUACAAUGUGCAUUCUUUCAAACUUUCAGUCUGACAUCGUCACAAUGCUGCAUGUAACCACUGCAGUUUCCAAGACAGAGCUGGUAUUGCCAGUUAAAGCACACCUACUGAGUAAAAGUAUGUUCUGGAAGAUUCUUGCAUAAUGGUAGCAAUGUUAAUUUUUUAAGAAAGCAUGACAACUGCAUUUUGGAUUUAACUCUAUUACAAUGUAGCUGUUGAAGGGUGGCCUUAUAAAUGUCUAAAUAAAUAACAUGUCAAGGUGCUUUCCUUCUUUUAGUGAUGUUGUUUUAGUUUGUCAGGCUUCAGAUUUAAAAGAAUGUGAUUGCAACAUUAGUAACUGCACUGUAUUUUAUUAACUUUCUGGGAUAGAAAAUUAAAAAUGAAACUAGUUUGAAUAAAAUAUUUUUAAAUGUAUAACAUUUCUAUUUAUAUUUUCUUAAAAUUUUAUUAAAACGUCUGUCCUGUUUUUCAAUAAUAUUAAUGUAUGUCAGCCUUCUCAAGAGUACCAUGCUCAAAGUAGCAGAGUAGCAGAUGAACCUACAUUCACAGGUUUGAGGGUUAUUAAUGAGGGAGAAAUGCAACAAUGAAAUUACUGUACAAAUUCCUUUCGUUCUAUGUAGAACUUGACUAUUAAGCCAACAGGAUAUAAGAACAUAGGAUGUAAGAAUGGCUAUUUAAAUGAAGAUCAGUACAAGAGAUGCCUGCUGAGAUGUACAAGAUAGAUAAAAUUUGACAUGGCCUCCAUAAAUACAACUGACUAUAAUAAGCUUCAAGUAGUAAACAAUUUGUAUUGGCUAUUAUAAAUUAUAUUUAAUCCUUCUCAUCCCUCAUUCUUUUUAAAAUGUAUUUAUUACAUAGCUAAGCUUUCCAUUUAAAUAUUCAUAAAGAUUCCUACUAAUUUAUGCCCAAAAUAUCCAGCAUUAUAUGUACAUUGCAACUUUGUACUUUCAUACUUUAUGAAUAGCAUGAUAUAUUCGACAGGCAGACCAGGGGCUUGUACAACUAUAUAUAUGUAUAAUACAUAUAUAAAUGGCCCUUAGGAACCAAUAGCAAUAAACAUUACAUUGCAUUUUCUGCCAUAUCUCAGUGGUGAAUUUUCCUUGAGUGCAUCUUCUAACACCUAUGCUAAUCAAACAAGAUGGAUGGUUAGAUGAUGGAUGGAUGGAUGGAUGGACACAGAGACAGUCAUUUAUUGCUUUCUGCAGUAUUUUGAUUUCAACUCAUCUUUCCUACUCAUAUGAAGACUUUCUACAACAUAUUGUGGAUAUGGGGAGGCAUCAUAGUUGUUACAGAAGCUACUGUACAUGCAAAAUAUUCCAGUUCCUAAAGGUGCUUUUAAAAUAAUGACCUGGAUAAUUGAAAAUUUGAAAAAAUGUAACCUAAUUGAAUUAGUCUUUUAAUAAUGCUUUUAAUUUUUGUAUCUGUUUUUAUUUGGCUGUAAACCGCCCUGAGUCCUUUGGGAGAAGGGCGGUAUAUAAAUCAAAAUAAUAAAUAAAUAAAUAAAUAAAAUCUUCAUAGACAUUCUACUUCCUAAUAUAACUUGACUAGAAAGACUCAGGUUAUCCUUUUAAGAAGCUCUUAAUUAGAGAACUGUUAUUGACAAUUGUGGGCUGAGUAGACAAAUACUCUGAAUAGAUAUAGUCCCACAUAUAUGAAUUUAUUAUCUACUGUCUCCGAGAUGUCUCAAGGCAUUUAUUAAUAAUAUACUUUUAACAGAAAUUGUUAUAGCAAUAUACCCUUAUCCCCUUUGUAUGGAACCUUUCAUAUAGAAAUUCAUAUAGAAACCCACCUAGUUUUUAUAUAUGCUUUUUUGCAGUGUGACAUGGGGAUCAGAUAAAUGGCACCUUAUUCCAGUUCUUUCAGGUUGGGAGCCAUACUUUAUUAAAACAUUUUUCACUUGUAUUUUGAUUCAUUGCUACUAUGCAAAUUUUUGUACUUAAGGAAAGUUCCCU